AUUAUCUCAAAAUGGCUUAUGAAGAAGUACUAUUUCCGGUAGUAUUCACUGGAAAGAAAAAGUAUUUUGGCAUCUCCCAUGAAGAUACCCCAAACUUCAAACCCGAAGAGUUUUUUAUAAGAGGAAUCGACACUGUGAAACAGGGUAAAUCCCAAGUUUUCAAAACUAUAGGGGAUCGGAUUAUGUGGGGAGCCAUGGAUAUUAACAAUGACCGAUCACUCUAUGAUAUUGCUGAAGACGUUCUCAGGGAUGCUUUAAAAGCCGAUAAAGACAACAAAGCUGUACAGCAAUUUAUAGGACGAAUGAGGGGAGAACAUGAGAGUAAAAUUCCGACGCCAGGUGAGCGUUUUAGUUAUGUAGUAACCCAUCCUGACAUGACCUUCGAUUUACGUGGUAGAAAAUUAACGCUAACGAAAGGCGAAAGAAUGGAAUUCGUUGAUGUGGUGAAGGAAUUGGAUAAGGAGCUAGAUUUAUAUCAUUAUUUCGAAAAAACUAUUAUUGGCCUCUGUGCCCGAUUUAUCAUGUAUGAUAAGAAGUACGAGCCAGCUCUCUCAGAUAAGAUAAUGCAAAUCAAGGAUCCGGAUGAGAAAUAUAAACAAAUAGAUGAUUAUGCACAAAAGAAGGUCAAAUCAUGGCUUGAGGGUUUCGUGAAGGAGAAUAUCAUAGUCAAUGGUGUUACUUCCAAGAUGAUAGGAUCCCGUGGGAUUGUUUAUAAGCGUGCUUACAGAAAUGCAGUUAAAAAAGCGCAAGAAAUAUUAUAUCAAAAGAUAGGCGGUUUAUACGAAAUAUUCCAUGGCGAAUGGCUUAACUAUGAGAUUUUUAUGAAAAGUAAUCCUAUCAAGAUAUUAUGGGGGAGAUUCAUAAAAUGCGUUAUAAAAAUUACAAAAGAUAAAAACCUCUCAGUAGAUGACGAAAUGAAGGAAAAAAUAUGCUCUGAUUUUGCUCGAUAUCCUAAUGAGCUUGUAAAAUGUAUUGAAGAGUAUAAUUUAUUCUUUCACAAAUUAGUCUAUCAUAUGCGUUACAAAGAGCAUGUAUCAAUUCCAGAAGAAAUCGGCCCAGUUUCAUCCAUGCGAAAAAAUGAGAUAAUUGCUAACCUACCAGCUUUACCUCACAUAUCAGAAAUUGAGGCGCUAGAUAACAUUAGUAAUUUAUGGUAUUUCUAUCUUGAGGAUAUAACUGGGCCAGAGGCGUUAGCAAA